CAACCGAAAACCUAUAAAAACAGGACGGGGUAAUUUUGAUUGAUCCCACUCGUUACGAGCUUCAGCGUUGCUCACGAAUCACUGCGAAGAAUCACUUGCUGGUCAAGCCAUUCAGCCCUAAAAUUUUCCAACCCACGAAAAAACCCACUUACGAAUCUUUACGACCAUCAUGUCAGCGAAAUCAUUGUUGCGAGCAGGAAUUUCCUCCCCUCGUAGUUUUAGGUCUCCUUCGACUCCAAAGUCUAUCCUCAAACGUCCACCUCCUCUUGCUUUAUCUCAGAGCCCUUUCAGAGCGAGCGUCACGAUAGUCGUCUCCCCUGGAAGCCCUCAUGUGCAUUUUCCUUCUUCUCCUGGUUUGACUGCUACUUUUACAACUCAUUCACCGAACUCGUACGACCGUGGCGCUAUCAUAGUCUCUCCUAAUCCGCUUGAGUUACCCUCUUGGGGUUCCCGAAUUUACUCCCCUGGGUCUGAAACCUUUGGGAAGCCGGCGUCCACGGAGUCGAGUCCGGCGGAGGAACUCACUCCCACUUUUAAAUCGUUCACUCCGCCUAUCCUCUCGCUCUCCUCUCCCAGCUUCGACGAGGUUUUCCCGAAGUCCCCUAUCUCAGAAACCAAGCCCACUAGUCGCGCCAGCGCUCGUUUCCAAGCUAUUGCUGCUGAGCCUACGAUUCGACCUAUUAGUGGCAUCGGAGAAGCCCUCAAAUCGUAUCCUCGCUCGCCUUAUCCCUCGGCUCCAACUUCCCCUGCUCCCGCCGUCCUUGCGGACACGGAGAAGAAUCAUGUUGUUGGGACUGAGGGUGCCUUUACUGGUAGAGUUUGGUCGCGGACCAAAACUGUGUAUGGAAGCAAUCCCUCGCUCGUCUCUCGCGAGGCUGGAGCGAAACCUAAGGCCAAGAAGGUACCGCCCGCAAUUACUAUCAUCGGGCGCUCUGUCGAUAUGGUUUCCUCUCCUUUGAGGCAAGAUUUUUUAGCUCCUGUUGAGGAGUCUCCUCAGCAUACUGCGACUGCUGCCAAUACAGCCGGCAAAAACCAUGCUCAACUCACUCAGGCGUUUUGGCAGUCUAUGUCGUUGGAUGAGACUGCAGAUAUGACCUCUCCUUAUAAUACUAACGAGGAUCUUGUUACCUUUAGUCCCGGCAGUAUGAUUUCUCCCAUGAUUUUCGCAACAAAGGAAGGUGUGGUGUGGACUCCACCCCGUAGAGAUGCGCUCUUCCACAAGAAGGAUCUGAUGGAUAUGCCAAUAAAAUCGAGUGACUCUCGCGCAAUGGUCAUGUCACCCUCCCCUGAAGAUCCGUUCUCCGCCUUUCCUUCUUUCUCUGCUGUCCUAUCCAUGGAUCAUGGGAAACAGGAGUCGAUAAUCGCUUAUCCUCCUGCUGCUGUAACUGUGGAGUCCGCUUCUGAAAGACGAUAAGUUUCUCAUGGCGUAGCCUAAAGAGUCUGUGCUCGUUCGACUUUCUACUAGUCGACUUUCCGUAGUUUGUUACCAGCUUGUUGGCGUUUUCUACCAAAUUCCAUUCAUUUGUGGGGUUUAAC